CUGAGUUGUGAUUGGUCGAUGGGAAUAAGGGCGGGGCGUCGCCCUGCGAUCACAGAGGCGCACUGUACGAGAGGGCGGAUCUGACUCUGCACAUCGGCCAACACUACAGCGUACUGAAUUUUAAAAACAACAACAUAGGGAGGAUGGACUUCAGUUUACGUGAUGCCUUCACAGAUGGGGCACCUAAGGCGACCCAGGACAGCCUGCUGAAGAGGGAUUUUGUGGCUGGGUUGGAGGCACAGACCUAUGAUGAUAAAGUGGGUGAGACCGUUGGGAAGACAGACUACCGCCCCCUUCUGGGUGGGAGGGAUGGCAAAAGGGAAGGGUCUGGGUCCUUGUCUGCAAGCCAGCCUGGAGGGCAACGUCCGGACCCUCAGGGAGAUAUCCAUCCCAGCCCACCUGGACAAUAUGUCUAUAAGAAUGACUUUCAAUCAGGUCCAGCAUCAAUGAUUGAAAAGCCUGUCCAAUUAGGUAACCAGCAGAUGGGAUCUACUGUGAAGGAUAACAGCAUGGACCCUUUUCUGGGGUUCUCUCAGCCUGGAAUGAAUAUUGGUAUGAAUAUGAAUGUUGGCAUGGCCCCUUUCCAGAGCUCCAAACCCCCCAGCAUGGGUGAACCUCAGAAGACCUCACCCUUGUUUGCCAAUGAACCACCCAAACCAUCCCAGAUAACUGCUAAUCUGAGUGAUACAAGCCCUCGUAACAGCCUGGAAAGUUCUGCAGAAGUUUGGGGAAGCCCUUGGACAGGUGAGGAAAUGCUCUCUACGGAGCAGUCCCAUGCUUCCAACAAGGCAGAACAGAGUCACACUGAUGCCUUGGGUUCCCAGAGUCUAGAUGCAGCAUCUGGUGAGGAAAAGUCCAUCGAGGAAGGAACCGAAAAGCAGCAGAAGCGAAAAAAGAAGAAACGCAAGGACAGGGAAGAAAUGUAUGACCUUCUGGACAGUCUUGGUUCCCCUGACUCAGAAGAGACUUCUGAAAGCUCCAACCAUGGCUGCCCCUCACCUCCUAGUAGGGAUGAAGAGAUGUGGGAAAGUGAGAUCCAAGAAAGAGGGGGAGGACGCAUCAAGGCCAAGAAGAGUAAAAGCAGGAUGAAGCUACCAGAAGAAUGGAGUGCUCCUCCAACUGUAAUGGACAUGGACUUUAGCAGCCCUAAUUUGGGUGAUGCAAAACCCCCAUCCAGUACUAGCAUAGAUCAAGAAAGUGCACAGCCCUCACUCACACCUGAACCUCUAUACCUCACUGACACCCAAGCAUGCAGACCCCAACCGCCCGGGCAAGCAAACACCUCCAUAUUCGCGAAUUCCGUAGAUGACUCAACUCUCAAGAGUAACAGGAAUAUGUUAGAUAAGGAUAAUUCAACUAAAGACAAUAUCAAUAAGUCUAACCUAGAGUUGCCUGGUAUUCACUCUUCAGAUCAGUUACUCAAUGACCCAAAUGAUCCUGACCAGAAGUCAAGCCUUGCCCUUAGUCCAACUCAGACUUUUAUGUUCCUUGACUCCGUGCUGCAGGAACAGACACCAGAUGCAAGCCCCCCAUUCCAGAGCAGCCCCGUGAAAACCCCCAUCCCUCACAGCUCUGCCCCAGAGGCUGCUCCUGAUCUGACCACUGGCUCACUGUUCAUCGGCACAGACAUCCCUGCCUGUCAGAGUGCACCUGCUGUUAGUCACUCUUCCCCAACAAUUCCCCCCAGCACUGCUGUGACCUUAAAUCCCGAGGCUACACCUUCCAUCCCUUCACAAACAGAGCAGCAGGAGCCCUCGUCGGCACAGCCCCCCCUACUGGAAGUAAAAGAAGAUAAGACAGCCAAAGAGAAAAUGGAGAAGGUGGAAACCGCUCCGAAGAUGGAAAACGUCAUCAUAAUUGAGAAGCAAGACAAGCCUGAGAAAAUUGAGAAGAUUGAUCACCUGGACAAGAAAGAUGAGAUCACAAAGAAACCAGAAAGUGUGGCUAAGACUCAGAAGAGUGAGCAAAUCAUCAAGGAUGAGAAGAAAGUUGAGAAAGAGGAAAAACAUGAUAAUAAAGCUGAGAAAGUAGACAAACCUGAGAAGACAAACAAGGAGAAAGACAAGAAGAAAGACAAUGGAGAAAAAGUGGACAAGACAGCCAAAGCUGAGAAGAAUGCGAUGGCUGCUAAAGGACCUGCUAAGUCUCCAACAGCUAAUGGGAGCAAAGAGGUGACCAGCCCAGAUAGCAAGGCCAAGCCUUCAGUUGGGUCAACCAAACAAAGCUCAGCAAGACCAAACUCGCUGUCCACUGGAGACAGUGCAGGUGCCACCAAACGCACCUCUCACAUCACCAACUCUGCCAAUAAAAAAAGCCCUAUGCCCAAGGCAACAACCCCCACUGCUGGCACCAAGAAAACCCCCACCACCACAUCUACUCUUAAGACUAAGGCCAAGUCUUCUGAGACAGCCACUCAGCAUCGCCCUCCAGUGCCAAAGGCUAAAGCUGCAUCUGCUACGAAUUCUAAAAAUGGCACUACUAUCACCCCAGCUACCACCUCUGCCCGACACUCCUCUGCUACAAAGACUGAAAACCAAGCAGGAGAGGUGAAUUACACAUAG